UCGUUUGAUCGGUGAAGGGUAAACCGUCGCGACGGUGAGUUUGCAGUUGUUUACCGUGCGUCGACCCGCACGCACGUCAGCAAGACGAUCGUCGACCCGUCCAGACUGCGACCGUUGCCGCGUGGCCAACGAGAACAGAGCGACCGCCGGAUAUCCGACCGCGUGCCGUACACGUGCGUUCCGUCGACCCGAUAAUUCCGUUCACAUGGACGUCGCGACGUCGGCCGCCAUCUGGCCGGCACGCCGCCGUUGACCCGUCCGGAAGUGCUCGUCGAUUUGCCGUGUACGACACGCAGACGCACCUCAAGUCGCAGGCCGACGAUUCGUUCUUCAGUCCUGCACGGUUCGGGGCUUCACCGUACGCCAGUCGACCAUGUGCACACCGACCGCCGCGCAGUGCUGCUUGGUCGCCGCGAUCUUCGCGGUGACCGGGGUGGCGGCCGUCAGUAAACAUCCGGUGAUCGUGGUCGUGUCGUUCGACGGUUUCCGGCCCGAUUACAUUCAGCCCCGCCUGACGCCCACGAUGGCCCGGUUCCGGGACGCGUCCGCCAGCCCGCCGUACAUGCGCAGCGCGUUUCCGACGAAGACGUUCGUCAAUCACUUCACCAUGGCCACCGGAAUGUACCCCGAGACGCACGGGGUGCUCGACAAUUACAUGUUCGACCAGAACUACAAUACGAUCCACUACACGUACGAUCAGUUCCACUACGACGAUACGCUGGUGCCUAUAUGGAUUCAAAACGAAAUCAAUGGAAAUGGACGUUAUAGCGGCGUAAUGAUGUGGCCAGGAUCCAACUUUCCGUAUCAAGGCAAAAAUUCUACAUAUGUGCAAGAAUACAACAAUUCAAUGCCUUGGAGUGAGCGUAUAGAUUUAAUUAUGUCAUGGAUUAAAGAUGAAAAUAAACCAGCCAAUCUAAUAUAUGCUUAUUUUGAUGAACCGGACAAAAUUGGUCAUUUAAAAGGAAUAUAUUCAAAAGAAAUUCAAGAUAGGAUUGUGGAAGUAGAUGUAGCACUAAGGUAUCUACUAGAACAAAUUAAAUCUGAAAAUCUAGAAAACAAAUUAAAUCUCAUUAUUCUCAGUGAUCAUGGGAUGAAUACAGUUACAUAUGAUCAAAUGAUACAUUUAAAUAAUUAUCUGGACAAUACGACUUAUAAAAGCAUUCUUUCAGGUCCUAAUGCGUUUAUACAUCCAAAUCCAAGUAAAUUUGAUGAAGUUUACGAAAAACUUUCAAAAAUAAGCAAUACUUCUAGAACAUUUGAUGUAUUUAAAAAAAAUCAAUUAUAUAAUCGUUGGCAUAUGAAAAAUAAUACUAGAUUAAACGAUAUCAUUUACUUGUUGGCUAAACCUAAAUAUGCCUUUUGGGAUGAAUAUUAUAAAGACAUUUUGAACGGAACAACCAAAGAGAAGUUCAUCGUAGGGGUGCACGGGUACGACAACAAUGAUCCGCAGAUGCAAGCUAUUUUCAUGGCCUCCGGACCGGCGUUCAAGAAGAACUUCAGCGCCCUACCGUUCGACAACGUCAACCUUUACUCAUUGAUCUGCCGGAUCGCGAAUCUUAAUGAGCCGAAACGACGUCCUGACGGAACUAUAAAAGACGUGGAACAAUUACUGUCCAACAAGUCCAGUAGCACCGCCAUCACCGCGUCCAUGACUUCCGUCAUAGGUUUAUUGUCAGCUAUCUUACUACCAGCGAUUGUACAAAAUAUGUGAACAAGAAACCAUUCCCGCUAGACUAGUCGGACUCAAAAUUGUGUUAUACCGUUUCGACAUCCCAAUUUUCGAGUGAAGAAAAAGUUGUCCCGUCUUGUCCGAGACAUUUUUUGAGUCAUAUAAAUAAUACAAAUACAAUGAUUCUAUCGUUUGA